AUGCCUCGACCACAAGCGGAGGUGGCCAAGAGACGCGACGUGUUCGACGCCGCUCAGUUCCGACGGUUGGCCCAGACAUCCGUGUCCGAUCGCGAGAUCAAGAAGCUACAAGACGUCUACAAAGAUGAUAUCGCUCUCGCACUUGAUAAGUAUCUCGAGCGCGACAAGGAGGCGUCAGAGCCCCAGGAUGUAAAGACUGGCUCUGAGUUGGAUGUUCAGACCAACACCGAAUCUUUCGACCGCUUCGUACUUUUUGUGCGAAGAGUGUACAACGAGAAGAUGCUAUACAGUCAUACUAUCGUCGUCGUCAAGGGUGAAGUGAUCCGAAGAGCAUUGCGCGUCAUCUUUCGCAGUGCCGAGGGCUUCUCCCCGCCCUACAACGCGGACGCUGAGGUGAAAGAUAUUCACUUCUUCUACUGGGCUCGUCCGGAGCUGUGUCUCCUGGAACGUCACUAUAAGAGCAUCGGGGACAGCAACUCGCUCUUCGAGAUCAAUGCAGCCCUAAGCUUCAUCCGUCAGGAAUGGGGGCACACGCACACCAAACUGGAAUACUUGCUCCCCGCAUCCAUUGAGUUCGGCCUGCUCUGGACCAUCUUCCCGCCGGACUGCCUUGUCGUCAGCAGAGACAAGCUGGGCGCCGACAAUAUCUGGCGGGCGCGCAGCCACGACACUCUGAGACGGAAGGUUGAUGAUUCCAUCUACUUUAAUAUUGUUGCUGAGUGCGUGGACUGGGAUGGCAAGAGCUUGGGCGUCGUGGAGACGAAUUUGAUCAUCGAAGAAUUUGAUGGCGCUAUGGCGAUCGAGGACCUCACUGCCUUCCCGCUCAAGUAUCACUCCAGACGGGACACCCUGCUGGAGCGGACUAUGAAACGCAGUGAAAAGAAGCUCGGGUUCUGCAGGAAAGGCUUUCGGUUCCAAGAGUGUGAAGGCCUAGGCUUAUGCACAUCGGGCGACGACUUGGAGCAAGCGUCUUUUGGUCUCUACGGUCGUGCCAUGGUCGACCCUGCAAUGAUGGUCCAGGUCAACGGUCGAAAGCCGACCAGAAACUUUUUGAAACAGUACCACCCGGCAUGGGGGAUCAAAUUCGACGGUCGAAACAAAAUGGUCCCCGACCCUAAAAGAGCCCGGAACUCGUCGCGUGUGUGGGUGUCUGACCUAGCCAACGGCGAAGGAAACUACAAGGCAAGACCUCAUUUUCUCGAACUAUAA